CAACUAAAAACAUAAAGUUAUUUAGUUUUGCUCAAACACGGCGCUCUCUAUCUCCAUUCUGAUUAUGCAUUCCGCCGAAAGACUAGAUUCCGGCCACCUCCCGCCGCCACCUCCGCCACCGCCGCCGUCACCCGGACGGAAUAUUCCUUUCAUCGGAAAACUCAAACCCUUUUAUCUUCUAUCAAUCUUGGUACUCCUAUCAGCAAUUUCAUUCAGUAUUAGCAAAACAGAUCAGUUCAAGAAAUUCUUUUUUCUCAGAUCAAAUUUGCUGAAUCCAACAGUUCAGAAACAAAUUUCAAGAAAUCCCAUUUACACAGCCCCUUAUUGUGUUCUAUGGAUGGCUCCAUUUCUUUCAGGAGGUGGGUACAGCUCAGAAGCUUGGUCAUACAUUUUAGCUUUACAUGAUUACUCAAUGAAUAAAAAUCCAAUCUUUAAUUUGAAAAUUGAGCAACAUGGGGAUCUUGAAAAUCUUGAAUUUUGGGAGGGUUUACCUUUAGAUAUGAGAAAUUUGGCUAUUGAGCUUUACCAUAGAGAAUGUAAGUUGAAUGAGACUGUUGUUGUUUGUCAUAGUGAACCUGGUGCUUGGUAUCCUCCACUUUUUGAUACACUUCCAUGUCCACCUAUUGGUUAUGGUCAUUUUAAGGCUGUAGUUGGAAGGACCAUGUUUGAGACUGAUAGAGUUAAUGAUGAACAUGUAAAAAGGUGUAAUCUUUUGGAUUUUGUUUGGGUUCCUACUGAUUUUCAUGUGAAAACCUUUACUGAAAGUGGGGUUGAUCCAUUGAAAAUUGUCAAGAUUGUUCAGCCUGUUGAUCUUGAUUUUUUUGAUCCAGUUAAGUAUGAGGCAUUGGAUUUAGGGUCACUAGGGAAUUCAGUGAUGGGGUCAUUUUCAAAUGGAGAAAAGUUUGUAUUCUUGAGUAUUUUCAAGUGGGAAUAUAGGAAAGGGUGGGAUAGUUUGUUGAGGUCUUACUUGAAGGAGUUUUCGGGAGGUGAUGAUGUGGUUUUGUAUCUGUUAACGAAUCCGUAUCAUUCUGAUAGGGAUUUUGGUAACAAGAUUGUUGAAUAUGUGGAGAAAUUGGAUUUGGAAGAACCGAAAGAUGGUUGGGCUAGAGUAUAUGUAAUCGACGAACACAUAGCUCAGGUUGAUAUGCCUAGGCUAUACAAGGCUGCUAAUGCAUUUGUUUUGCCAUCUAGAGGUGAAGGUUGGGGUAGGCCUAUUGUGGAGGCAAUGGCAAUGACUUUGCCAGUGAUUGCUACAAAUUGGUCAGGACCAACUGAAUUCAUGACAGAAGAUAAUAGCUACCCAUUGCCUGUCGAUAGCAUGAGUGAAGUCACAGAAGGUCCAUUUAAGGGACAUUUAUGGGCUGAACCUUCGGUUAAUAAGCUGCAAAUGCUAAUGAGGCAUGUAAUGGGAAAUCAUGAGGAAGCCAAGGCUAGAGGUAAGCAGGCAAGGGAUGAUAUGAUGAGUAGGUUUUCUCCUAAGGUUGUUGCUGGCAUAGUUAGUGAUCAUAUUGAACACAUUAUUGAUCAUACACAAUGAUAGUUAUGUUCUCUUUAGGAUCGAGAAGAGUGGAUUGUACAUUUUACUGCAGUAGUAACAGUUUUUUAGUCACUGUUUCUUCAAGGAUUAUUAACUCUGGUAGACUUUAUCCCAGUUUUCCUAUGCGUAAGUUGAAGAACGAUUUUACUUGAUAGAUGGAGACGACAAAGUUCUGGAAGCGGAUGAAUCUGAAUUUGGAGUGAAAAGAGGUUGUAAUAGGGGACAAUGCAUCGGAAGGUAUCCUGAGAAUCAAUUAACUGGAUAGACUUAUCAACACUCUUAUGUGUUCUUAAAUGGAGUUGCAGUAAAGUACAUACAUUUCUCUGCUAAAACAGAACUGUGUUGGUAAUCCAGUUAUGUUCUUGUGAUGAAUAUCAACAACAAAUGUCUAUUUUAAAGCUUAGAGUUAUAUCAAUUGUUAUGAUGUGUAUUGUUGGUUUGGACUUUCGAGUAGUAUUAGAGGAAAGAUAUGUCUCCGAUGGACCGCGAGUAUCAACUACGGAAUGAGGUAACAGCAUUAAAGGGCAAACUUAAUCACAUCCAACACUGAUGGACCACAAGUAGCAACUAUUGAAGGAGAUCAUAUUUGCUGUCAAUAUACACAAUUAUUCAGUCAAACCAUAUUCUCAACAGUUAAUUCUGAAAAGGUCAUCAAGAGAAGCAAGUAAAAGGGCAGCUCGGUGUACUAAGCAAAGAGCCGCAAUCCUAAAGAGUGUGAUGUAGGCAGUCUACACGUAAACAACUUUACCGUUGCUACAAGACUCCCUUCAAACCAAGAAGCAAGCAGAAAUACAAAUUAUGUAAUUG